AAUGUAAUUAAAUUAAAUGUAAUUGAAAAAUUGUGACAAUUUCGAAGUUGUUUAAAAGUUGUUCGAUUAAAAAUCGUCGUCGCUAUUGAAUGCAGCUGGUACAAAAUAGAAAUCAGAUAGCGAACAAGCCGACGGUCCUUCGGGAAUAGUAGUAGGUACUCUAAAGGAGUUUUCUGGAUCGGGAAAAUUGUUCGGGAGACAGAAAAGAAAGAAAAAAAUAAAAAGAAAAAAAAAGAGAGAGAGAAAAAUAAAGCUGAAAAGCUGCUGCCAGAGCAACGAGUUUCGUUUGCAUUGUUCGUAGGUUCGCAUCGUCACAGUUGUCUUUCCUUAUGGAAACGAGUCUUUUAACUACUAGUUUCCUUCACGGGAUGGCGGCAAACUACGAAUGGUGAUACGCGAGGAACGUAAUUUUCAUUUCUAUUAGUUCGAAAGGAUUUAAUAAGUCGUAUAUUUCCACCUAAUCGAUUCAUUACGUAAAACGUCUCGCAAGUCGUUAUAAAAAUAAAUAAAUAAAUAAAAUAUUUAGAAUUUCAUGACUCCAUUAGGAUACCGCAGAUUCAUAUUAAUAUUUUUCAUGAUAAUCUAAUAUAUAUAGAUAAUUAUUUUCUUCGACUACCUAAAUAUUAUCAUAAGAUUUCGCCAGAACGAGAUAUCGAGUCAGACUCGAUACAGAAUCACAUACGCGCGGAUGAUUGACAUAAAAGAAAAAAAGAAAAAGGAACAAAAAAGGUAGAAUAAAAAAUCCUUGUGAAAAGAAGUUAACUACUCGUUUUAAUCGUAGAAUAUUCACAUAAUAAUAGUAUAUCCGAGAUUUCCAGCCGACACGAAUGAAACAGUAGGUCUGUUCUCUCUAUUGGGCUUGUUAGUACAAAGAUAAAGCUGUUGAACUCGUUCGAAUAACGCUCGCGGCAUAGUAUCUCUCUCUCUCUCUCUCUCUCUCUCUCUUUCUUUUAUAGUACAGAAACGUCAUCGUAUUGAGAGCAGAGUACGGAACGAGCUUCCAUGUCCGCACGGGAACGCGAACAGAUCGAUUACCGUAUUGGCGGUAGGAGUGCGCGUAGAGCCACGUACCGCAACUACGUGACAAAUAUUAUCACGAUCGACCUAUGUGUAGCGUUUGAUGUGGACGGGUUUAUGAAAGGCCAACGCGCCUAUAAUCGUGCCUCCGCGAACGCCGAAGAACAAAUCCGAUUUGUUAGCUAUGGAUCCAGAUCUUGUUCGAUUCAUUUCCAUUUAAUCUGAACAGAUAUUCCCUCAAACUGAAUAAUUGCGAUUAUAAACAAUGUUGUUACAACGAUAGAAGCGAUCUAUUAAAGUCAUCAAGAAUUUAUCAGAGACGCAUUAUCGGAGGUAUCAAUGACGAAGGUAUCGAAGUAAUUGACAAGUCAUUAGAAUAAUUGAGGAUUCGAUCGAUCCAAAAGACCAUUGAUAAUCAGCCGAAAGCAUCGUUAGAAUGAUACAACGGAUAAUCGAAAAGGAUCUAUGAAAGGAUCGGCGAGAUCUAUUAGAACCGUCGAUGAUCAGUCAAGACCACCAUAGCCUGUUUAUUUGGCGGAAAAAGCAUUGACGAUCUAUCGACAUCGAGAACGUAUUGGGAACAUAUCGACGAUUUAUAUAGACCAUCGACGCGAUUGGUACAUUGGUAAAGAAAGUACAAGUACGACGAGGAGAGAGAAUGUAGUGCAGUGUGUUAGAUGCACGGUGUAGGUUAAACGAGAUCGAUAAGGUUUACUCUGUGCUCGUACCGCGUGACACGGAAGGGUGAGGUGAGGUGAGGUGAGGUGAGGUUACAUGAAAAUAGAGGGUUCGAAGAGAGGACCUUUUAUUCUCGUCCUUUUUAUUUUUUACUUUAAGAAAGAAUAAGGAGAUUCUUGGACACAACGGAAGGAGGGAAAAAGGAUAUUCGUCCGAAGGCAUCUAAUGUAGAUAUUGGAGGGUCGUACAGUUUAAAAGAGAAAGAGGAAGAGAGAGAGAGAGAGAGAGAUUGAAGGGGGUGAGUCGCCCGUUUCCAACCCCCAUUUCCACCCCCGACAACUCGCAGGCGGUCGACGGGAGCUCGGUGGCACCCACUCACCCACCACCAGCAGAGCCAGCACCGCCGCCGCCGCCGCCCCCGGGCGUCCUCAUGCCAUGCCAACCAACGAGCCGGGGCCGCUUUCGCUUUGUGCGCACCGGGGCGGCGGUACAUCAAAGCCUUCUAGUUCCCGCUCCGGCCUUUGACGGCUGCGUCGCGGCCGCUCGCUCAGUCAUCGCUCGGUAGGCGAAGCCAGCACGCCGCGCGGAUGAGCUCGACGCCGUUGUCCUCGCGAGUCCUCGUCGGCCGGGAUCAACGAGAUCUCGCGAACCAGCCACGGAACUCGAUCGGGUUCAACUGUGUUCCUAACCUUGAUCAAAGGAGUCAUCACGACUCCUCGUUCUAUCAACAGCGACGAGUACUCUAUAUAUUCAUACGAUAAGGAGGAAAGAGGAAAAGGAAUGUCUCCUCGCGGUAACAAGUGCGCGCGUGUUAGCGGCAGCAAAGCUGUCGGCACGUUGGAGAAAGAUCGGCGAGCUUCGAGGGAGUCUAGAAGCUUCGAGGGAAACGAUAAGGAAUGUCUCGAGCAAGAGCAGGAUCACCAACAGCAAGAGAAUCAUCAUCAUCAGCAGCAGCAGCAGCCGACUGUUAGAGAAUCGGUCGAGGAGAAGAAGAAUAAUAAUAAUGAGAAGAAGAAGGCAUCAACGAUGACGAUGAAAAGGCGAAGGAAGAGGAAGAAGAGGAAGAGAAAACCAGGCCGAGCGAAGACGACGCCGGAGACAGACGCGGCGGCGGCGGCGGCGGCGACGGCGGCGUCGGCGUCGGCGGUUGCGGUGUUGGCGGCGCGCGAGGGUCGAUCGUGGCUCGCAGCGCGCAUGCGUCAACCCCUGGAGAAUACCGAAGGUGGCCUCGAGCAGCCCCGUGAAAACGGCACCCUGCUAAAACGACGGUGCUCGCAAAGCCCGCAUCGCGAGCUCCUAUCCGAAAGCAGAAACCUUUCUAGCUCGGCCUGUUCCUCGCGUUCCACCUCUAUAUGCACCUCCAGUUCCUCUUCCUCUUCCACUUCCUCCUCCCCUUGCUCUUCCUCGAGGUCAUCCUCGGUGUCCAGUAGCGAGGGAUCUUCUUUGAUCGGUAGUCAACUGAAAACGUCGGAGGGCACACGAAUACGGCUACUUUGCAGAGACCGGAAACGGAAAGAAAAGAGACGCCGCGGUAGCCGCGAGUGUGCACGAGAAGAGACUAAGAAGGAAGAAGGGAAGGAGGAUAUUGUAACGGGGAAGGUGGAGGUAGAGGAGGAGGAGGAGGAGGAGAAGGAGGAGGAGGAGGAAAAAGAGGAGGAGGAGGAGAAAGAGGAGGAGGAGGAGGAAGAGGAGGAGGAGGAGGAGGAGGAGGACGGCGACGACGACGACGACGACGACAACGACAACGACAACGACAACGACGACGAGGAGGAGGGACCAGUGGGGGAACUCCAGACUCGAUCCGCGCCGCCGAUAACGUCGACUCCGAUUCCGCCUCCCACACCCUCUACCUCUUCCAAUACAACCCCAGCAGCUGCUCCACUACCCCCUCUCUCACCGUCCUCCUCGCCGUCAGCUUCCUCCGAACCUCUCGUUGCCUCUUCUCCGUCCUCCUCGUCCUACCGUGCCGAUUCUAGAAAUGAAAUCUCUGGUGCACGUCCGACCACUACCUCCUCCUCCACUACCUCCUCGUCACCAUUAGAAAGUAUAAGAAGCGCCUUGGAGUGCUACGAUCGCAGCAGAAUCUAUCUGGCACACGUUUCCUUCUUGGACUGGCGUGAUGUACCUGGAAGACGACGUGGACACCUAGAGGAACACCGAAAACUUCAUGGUGCAACCUCGAGGAGUUCAGAGAGGUCUUCCGGGGAAAGAGUUUGGGUCGUUGGGGCUGCCGACCACGAUGGACAUCAUAGGACUAGGUUGUUAGUGGCUGGUCGUCACUGGAGACCACGUUGUCUCAGUCGUGUGAAUAUGCUCAGCCAACCGGUGGUAUAUGCCGGCGGGGGGAGAGGUUCUCUAACGGCUGAUCUCUUUCUAUGGUGGUUUCACCGUGAGUUCGCCGUAACUGCGAUGGCCAUGCACCCCGACGGUGCUGUCCUCGUGGCUGAGAGCGCCGAUUAUUUGCCUCCCGAAGGAGACUGCGUUGCUGCCGAUGGCCUGGUCAGACUCUUCGUCGUACCGAAGGAUUGUCUCGAAACUCGGAUCGUUGUAAGAGAAUUGAGAGUGAGGUUAGCAAUCGGAGCACUUACCAGAGUAUACCAUGGUGUCUAUCGAAGUAAAUUCUCGACGAUCGAACGAGACGAUGAUAGAUUGGAGACUUAUCUUCGAAGAUUUACCCUAAAGGAAGCGUUCGCGGACCUACACAGAGCUUGGCUGAGCGUACGAUCGGAAACAUUUGCCAGAAGUUGGGCCUUACCGAGAGAACGAGAGGACAUAGAGUCGCGUAUAGGUCGAUCUAACGUUUCGGGAAACAACAACUCUCUCCUUCGUACUAUCGUUGCAUCUGCGGAAAGGGAAGAGGAUAGGAUGCUGUUGGACGAACUCCGUGGACUGGCUGGUGAAUUAGGUCUCAAAGUUGGCGACGAGGAACUUGCGAGAUGGAUCAUCGACGGAGAAGAACGUACGUCGCGACGUUUCGAUACCACCACCACUACCACCACCAUCGAUCUCGACAUCGAUCAAUCACGCCUCGUCAAAAUCGAAUCCGAACGCAAGUCGAUCGAUCAAGAAUGCGAAUUCGAACAAGAGGACGAAGGAGACGACGAGGAGGAAGAUGAACCGACGGCCGAGGAAACCGUCGGACUUUUAACCAGAGUUCUCACGUGGAUGGAAAGAGAACCAUUGGAUCCUGGACUUCUUCUCGCUGUUAGAUCAAUGCGCGAUAUCGCUGCUAUUAUGGCAAGCAAGAUGGGCCUAGCAGGAACGCAUCCAAGCGGGCUGCCCUUCUUCUGUCCGAACGGUGAUCACCUGACGCAACCACCGCCCGCCCACAUGGGUAUACCUCCGUAUGGGGCUUUGGAUGCUGGCAAAGCUGCCGCAGCGGCCGGUCUGACUAGGGCGCCGAUGUAUCCCUUUUCGACAGGCCAAUAUCCAUAUCCCAUGCUUAGCCCGGAAAUGACGCAAGUCGCCGCUUCUUGGCAUACCCCAAGCAUGUACCCUAUUUCACCAGCGAGUGCUGGCUUUCGAAGUCCUUAUCCAACGAGUUUACCGAUAACGAGUUCGAGUUUACCAAGUGAUCUCUACCGAUUUUCGCCGACGGGUCUGAUGCCACCGCAUCAUGGAUUGGGUCCUCACGCACACGCGUUAGCGUCGCACGCAUUGGUGUCGUCAGCGCCGAAAACGGAUCAUUCUACCCUGGAUCACAAUCACAGGUCUACGAUAGAACAGAAAAAUUCUACGUCGUUACCCGCGGACAACGCGAAAAACCAAGAUACAGGACAACAAAAUAAUCAAGAUAAAAAGAAACCCCAUAUAAAAAAGCCUCUGAAUGCAUUUAUGCUCUACAUGAAGGAGAUGAGGGCAAAGGUAGUAGCGGAGUGUACCUUAAAAGAAAGCGCUGCCAUCAACCAAAUAUUGGGAAGACGAUGGCACUCGCUAAGCCGGGAGGAGCAGGCGCGGUAUUAUGAGGCGGCCAGGCAGGAGCGCCAUCUGCACCAGCAACGAUACCCCGGCUGGAGUGCCAGGGAUAACUACGGAUAUGGCAGCAAGAAGAAGAAGAGGAAGAAAGAGCGCUCCGCAGAUCCCACCGGAGGUAACAAUAUGAAAAAAUGCCGUGCAAGGUACGGAUUAGACCAACAGAGCCAAUGGUGCAAACCAUGCAGACGUAAGAAGAAAUGUAUCAGGUACAUGGGGGAGGGAGGAGAAGGCGACGGUGAAGCCGACGGCGAAGGUGAGGACGAUCAUUCGGAGGAUAAUUUAGGCAGCGUGGGGGAGGCAGGUACUCCCGAGGAAGAUGAAUCCUUGAGUAGUCCUGGAGGUUUGUCCGCGUUGUCGAGUCUGGCCAGUCCAUCGCUGGUGUUACCAUCGCCUUCGAGCCUAGCCAGCCCGUGUCCGUGCCCUCUGACACCUCCGGUGCCUCCGCCACCUCUGCCGAACCCGAGUAAUCAGCAGCAGCAGCAGCAGCAGCAACAGCAGCAACAACAGCAGCAACAGCAGCAGCAGCAGCAGCAACAGCAACAGCAACAGCAGCAUCAGCAGGCUCAACAACAGGGCCAGCAACAGCCGCAUCGUAAUCCAGUUGGUACGAAUCCUCACGACAUCAACAAUCCGUUGAGUGUGAAUCAACUCACCGGGCAGUGUAUAAAAAGUGAAGUCGUACCAGCACCACCCUCGGGUCCCUCCAAUCCAGCGAUCAGCGUUACGUAGCCCCGGGUGGACCCACGUGACAAGACUGUUGCAACACACGGUGUCAUCCAAGGGGUCCAUCUACGUAUCUACUGUGCGCGACAGAGAGGCUGGACGAUGACGGUAACGAUGACGAUGACGAUGACGGUUAAUUCGGAGAGACAGGGUCGUUCGAUCGAAAGAACGUCAUUGUUGAACGAAGUUAAAUCUUCGUUCGAUGCUCCUAUUCUUCCUCCUCGUUUAUCGACGUUAAUCGUCGAGCAUGGACUAAUCGAGAAACGAUUAGAAAAGAAAAGAAGAAGAAGAAGGAGGAGGAGGAGGAGAAGAAAAAGAAGAAGAAGAAGAAGAAAAAGACGAGGAACGAGAAGAUUUUCUCAAUCGUCGUCGUCGUCGUCGUCCUCAUCGACGCCGCAGCGAAGUACUCCUUCGACUUCGGUUCUUCGCCUUUUUUCAAUUAUCGUCGUCUCUUGUGUUGUUUCUAGCGAAAUAUACAAAGGAAAUGAAAAAAAAGAAAAGAUAAAAGAAAUAAGUAAAAGGACGGACAAUCGAGCUUUCGAUGAGAUAAUGCGUCGUUCACGAACGUUCUUAUAUAAAACACGUAGGGUAUAUAUAAAAUAUAUAUAUAUACACAAGCAUAUAAUAUGCACGAUGUGAGGGGACGAAGGACUUCCGAGGAUCGUUCGGUGGAUUCUUGUCCAAGUGUGCCAGCAGAGAAGAAAUGUGUGCGUGUGUGCGUGUGUGUGUGUGUGUGUGUGUGUGUAUGCGUGUGUGCAAGUGUGCGUGCGUGCGUGCGUGCGAACGUAUGCACGCAUGUCUUUUUUUGCGUGUCUCUCCGCGAAGAAAAGAAAAAUAAAAAAAAAUAAAUAAAUAAAUAAAUAAAUAAAUAAAUAAAAGAAAAGAAAAGAAGGGAAAAGAAAUGACAAAAGAAAAGAAAAGAAGAGAAAAAGAAGUAUCGCGAGAUGAGGUGCCGAAUAUUUUAAGGAGGCCCCCGUCGUCUCUCGCGUUUGGAACGAUUAUAUUUGUCGUCCCUCUCUCCUCUCGACUGUCUUCAUUUACCGUGCCAAAGCGCUUCUCGGCUCUACUACGGGAUAUGAUAUGUAAUGUCGGCCGAGAACGAAUGAUCCUAUCGAUCAUCAAACUGAGACAAGCAAACAAAGUGCUGCUCUGAUAUGUAAUCGUUACUUAUAUCUUUUCGUAUUGUUCUUCUAAUUCUUCGUCAUUGCCACCGCAGCCAUCAUUACCACAACCACAACCACAAUCAUCACUACCACAAUCAUCAUCAUUAUCAUCGUCAUCAUCAUCUUCAGCAGCAGCAACAGCAGCAGCAACAGUAGCAACAACAGUAGCAGCAUUAAUAGAAUCAUCGGAAUCAUUAUUAGCAUCGUGUCAUCAUUACCAUUAGCCACGUUUUUUUUACCAUUACUCAAUUUGUUUUUCUUCCGUCAUUUUUCCUCUGCCUCUGCCUCUCCCUCUUCCUCUCUUUCCUCUUCCUUUUCCUCUCUUCCUCUUCCUCUUCUCCGAGCGAGGUUCCAUUGACAGGAGCAUCAUCACGAACGAAAGAUCAUCCACUUUUGUUGUGUUGUCUUCGAUAGUUUUUCGAUCUCGAAGAUCAAGCUCUUUUAAGAAUGUGCGAUAGUGUGAGAGUGAGAAAGAUAGAGAACGAGAGAGAGAGAGAGAGAGAGUGAGUGAGUGAGUGAGAGAAAAAAUAAUAAUGUAUGUAUGUAUGUUCGUCAGAGAGAGACGAAGGCAGACGUUACUUCGUUUCGUUUAACGAAUAAAGUAUGCUGUAGAAAUACUCAGGACCAAGCGUCUGACUGUAGUCGCUCGUAUAAGAAAAAAUGAAUAAUGAAGGACGAAAGGUAGAUAGAGAGAGAGAGAGAGAGAGAGAGAGAGAGAGAGAGAGAAAGAGAGAGAGAGAAAGAGAGAACGAAAUAGAAAGAAAGAAUAUGUAUGUAUGCGUUAUGUAUCUCGCGUAUAGAGAAAGAGAGAUAGAAAGAGAAAAAGAAAGAGAUGGAGAGAGAGAGAGAGAGAGAGAGAGAGAAAGAGAGAAAGAAAAAUGGAGAACGAGUGCCGACGUAAAACUAGCUGGUAAUAUUUGUUACGUUGUGAUGCCAAUGACUGAAAGGUCAUGUUCCUGUGCCAGGUACUAUAUUCUAUUAAAAUAAUUAAUUAAUUGCGGACAGCUGAAAAUAGAGGAGAGAGAGAGAGAGAGAGAGAGAGAGAGAGAGAGAGAGAGAGAGAGAGAGAGAGAGAGAGAAGAAAGAAAGGGAAGAAUUAAGUAACUCGUAAACAUUUUAUUAUUAAUUCGUUUGUUCGAAACUCACGAUGUCAAAAUAAUCUAUCCUUUAUAUGUAAUUUGUUAUUUCUUUAAAAGUCUAUACACACAGUCCGAUUAAUUAGCGUGUAAGAUUUCAUCGUUCUCUUUUUUUUCUUCCAUUUUUUUUUUUUUUUAUUAUUUUUCGUUUUUUCUUUUCGUUCCUUUCUUCUUUUAUUUUUGACGUAAUUUUCUUUUUUUCUUUUUCUUUCUUUCUUUUAUAUAUAUAUAUAUAUAUGUAUAUUUAUUAUUUUAUAUAUAAUGUAUAUAUACAUAUAUAUAAAUUAUUAGAUUCUUAUUUCGUUCAGACCCGUCUAUAUUUUACAUCUUCGAAAGUUCCCGUUUCCUUUUUAUAAUCAUCUAACUUCUAUCUAACAGAUAUAUAACGUAUCUUAAAUUUGUGUUAUCAACGCGAUACGAUUGACAAAAAAUUAUUUUUUCUACUUGCCCUUUAUUUUUUGUUUUCUUUUUUUUCGAUUUCUUUUCUAGUUUUUCUUUUGUUUUAAUAUUAUUGUAUUAAUAUUAUUAUUAUUAUAUUAUAUUAUAUAAUAUCAAUAGAAAUAUGUAUGUAUAUAUAUGUAUAUAUAUAUAUAUAUAUAUAUAUAUAUAUAUAUAAACGCGUCAAAAGAAAAACUAAACGCACAUGGAUCUCCAUUGCAUAAUAUUUAACGAAUUACGUAGACAAAUCUCAGGUAAAAUCACGUGUCCGAUUUAGGAGCGGGUGCUGUUCUUCGUGUUGACGAUGUUGAUUUUUGUGUCGCAUCGUCUCUCUUCUAUUCUUUCGAAAAUCAACAAACAAACUAUCGAACAUUAUCUUACGAUAUCGUAUUUGACGACGAAUGAUCUAUUGAUCGACCGGUCGAUCAAUAACUGUUACAAGAGAAACUACUUUCUCAACGCGUGUUGAAAGUGCAAUCAAGAGCUUCCAGAAAUAAAAAUCUCUCUGACCAAGGCGUGAUCACGUUUAACUCGCAAUAUAUAUCUAUUUUUUCUGUUUUUUUUUCUUUAUUCCUUUUUUUUUACUUCAUUUUAUUUAUUUUUUUUUUAUGCAUGCCCUUCCUGACCUCUUAACUUUCGAACUCUUCAAAGCUCUCUCAAGCUCAUCUUUAAACCCUUCUAUUUCUUCUUUUUCCUCGUCCUCUCAUUAUCCAAUCUUACCUCUUUCUUCUCACCCUCUACUUUCUCCUAUUUAAAAAGAACAAAAAUCUUAUUCGCUUUCGUAUCGUUCUAAUCUUUGAGAUAAUGAUGAAGUAAUUGAAACUGCAUGCGCAUUAAGUGUCAGAGAAAAUAUAUAUGUAUAUUUUCCGUUAUAUACGGAAGUGCAAAGGUCAUUUAUUAUUAGUAUCUAUUAUUAUUAUUAUUAUUAUUAUUAUUAUUAUUAUUAUUAUUAUUAUUAUUAUUAUUAUUAUUAUUAUUAUUAUUAUUAUAUUAUUAGUAGUAGUAGUAGUAGUAUCUAUUAUUUUAUUAUUAUUAUUAUUAUUAUUAUUAUUAUUAUUAUUAUUAUUAUUAUUAUUAUUAUUAUUAUUAUUAUUAUUAUUACUAUUAUUAAUAUUACUACUACUAUUAUUAUUACUAUUAUUAUUAUUAUUAUUAUUAUUAUUAUUAUUAUUAUUAUUGCUAUUAUUAUUAUUAUUAUUAUUAUUAUUACUAUUAUUAUUAUUAUUAUUAUUAUCAUUAUUAUUAGUAGAAAUAUUUUUCCGUUUGUACGUAAUGCGACUGUAGUUAUGUCAAAGAUUUCUAAACGUACAUUUUAUCGAUCAAAAUUAUUAUUACGAUUGCGAGAAAGAUUUAGAAAACGAAAGUAGCGUAUGAUGCGUAUAUAUAUGUAUGCGUGAACGUGAGAUAAUAGAGUGAGAAAGAAAGAGAAAUAUAGAGAAAGAGAGAGACAGAGAAAAACAGAUUACAACGUUACAAACAGUUACAACGUUUAAGUUCUAAUUAAUGUGUUGUCUAUUUUUUCUGUUUAUUUUUUAGUGUCCGCUUCUUAACGCGCGUCGUUAUCGUUAGGACGGCAUAUAUUUUUAUUGUUAUACGAAGGGGGAAAAGAAAAAACGAGAUUAUUAAUGUUUCUAUUGAAUUACCCCAACAAACGCUUUCUUUUUUUUUCUUUUCUUUUUUUUUAUAUUUUUAUACACAUUUGCGUUUUUCUCCGUUGUGUGUAUCGUGCAAAAGUAAACGAGAAAGGAAUAAGGAAACAAAACGUAAAUUGUCCGAACAAAUUUGGGACAAGUUUAAAAUACAUCUGUCAUUGCGUUAGAUUAGAUUUUCUUUUCUUUUUCUUUUCUUUUUUUUUUUUCCUUUGUGUUUCUCUUUUUUUUUUGUUUUUCUUUGCCUAUUUUUCUGCUGUCCGAUAAUAAUAAUAAAAAGAAAGAAAGAGAGCAAGAAAAUUACUUGAUGAAGAUCUCGAGAUAUGUCUGUGGAUUAAUAUUAUUACGUCGUAAAAGAAAAUCUUUGUAGAUCGUACGUCGAUUGUAUUAUGCGUUAUAGAUCGAUAUCGAUCAUGUAACUAGAGGCGGGCUGAUUUAUGUAGAAAUUUUAAUUAUGUCAUUAUAAUUUAUAAAUAUUAUCAUCACAAUCGACAAAGUAUUUAUCAAUUAAAAGAAACGAUCGAAUAAUUAGUUUAUUGUAAUUAAUUAUCCAUCUUUAAAAUAUUAUUAUUAGAUCUCAUAUUAGAGCAUUAGAUGUAAGACUAAUUCAAAAAAAAAUUUUCCAUUGGAUUCGCACAUCAGCCUGUUCUGUUGCAUGGGAUUAACAAAUAACAUCGUUAUGUAAUUCGAGUUUGUUAAAACAUGACAACGCGAUAAAGAGUUCUCUUCGCACAAUUUCUUUUUUAUUUUAUUUCAUUUUAACUUUUUAUAUUAGAAUAACAAUCAUACGAAAGAUCUUCCUUUUUGUUUCGCCGAUCUCUCGAUCUGCAAUCUGAUAGAAAUCUUGCCCGGCCAAGAAAACAAAUAAUAAUAUUAAUAAUGAUAAUUAAAAAAAAAAAAAAAAAAAAAUAAAGAAAACUAAGAAAACAGAAGAGGAAGAAAAAGAAAAGAAAAAGCAGCGCGCAAUACGAAGCUUUUAAUGAAAAAAAAAAAAGAAAAAAAAUUAAUAAUAAUACCUACAAAAAAAAGUUAAAAAAAAAAACAAAACGAAGACAAAAAUAUAAUGAGAGAUUUCUCUUCUCGUGUGAGUGCAUUCAUUAAAGAAAGAAAAAAAAGCGAUUCUUUGUACAUAUAUAAAAGUGAUUACGACUUACGGUGCAUUUGUUGCGACAAAUGGGAAAGUGCAAUGGGAGAAGACUCGAUCGAGAAAAAAAUUGCAUGAAGAAGAACGGGGGGAGGGAGAAUGAUGCACCCGGUAGGCAUGCAAGAAGGGUGAUGAGAGAGAUAUGAUAGAGAGAGAGAGAGAAAGAGAGAGAGAGAGAGAGAGAGAGAGAGAGAGAGAGAGAGAGAGAGAGAGAGAGAGAGAGAGUAUAGAGUGUAAUGUGUGAGAGCGAGAGAGAUAGAGCGAGUGUGAGAUUAAAAAAAAUAAUAAAUAAAUAAAUAAAUAAAUAAAACAAAACAAGUAAUAAUAAUAAUAAAACGAUAAAUGUCUCCUUUUUGUUCUUCGUUUACUCGACUAAAUUACGAUGAUGAGCUGUAAACUCGUGUCACUGAGUAAUAACAAAAAGAAAGGAAAGGAAAGGAAAGGAAAGAAGAGAGAGAGAGAAAGAGUUAUAAGAAAGAAGGAAAGACUAAAACGUGCCAUAAGAACGUCUCAUAUGCCAAUAAUAUUAUUGAUAAUACAUAUUUUUUACAUUUACGAUCUGUUUAAUAUUUUGUUCUGUCAGUCGUCGUGCGUCGCGUACGGAGGGAGGAGAAAGAGAAAAAAAAAGAAAAAAAAGGAGCAAGCGCAUGCGCAUAAAAAUGCGCCCGCGAUUGCAUUCAUCUUGCGAGCGUGCACUUUUUCGUCCAACAAAGGAGUUCUUCCAUCUAUUUUUAACUUGCUCCUGUUAACGUAUUGUCGCGAUGGGGGCGAAUAUCGGAUUGAAAAGAGAAAAAUGAAAAAAUGAAGUAAAAUUAAAAAAAAAAAAAAAGAAAAGAUAAAAAGAAAAUGGAAAAAAAAUUAUAAUAAUAAUUAUAAUAAUAAUAAUAAUUAUAAUAAUAAUAAUUAUAAUAAUAAUAAUAAUAACAAUAAUGAUAAUGAUAAUGAAAAGAUAGAAGCGCGUAGAAAGGAUCGAAGGGGUGCACGUUCACGCUAUCAAUCAGUCAUGACCUUCGACCGAGAAACUGUAGUACCUACUGAGUAAGUACGGGCAAGGACAAAAUAUCGACGUAAAAAGGGAAAAGGGAAGGAGAAGAAUGUGUGUGAAAAGAAAAGGAAGGAGGAAAAAAAAGGAAAUCAAAUAGCAGAAGGAAAAAUAAAGAAAAGGAUAAACGGAGAAAAGAAGAGCGUGGUUUUCUAAACUGUACUCUGGUAGUUGCGUGUAACCACGAGAGAAAAGAGACUUUGUAUCGAGUCAUGUGCGAUUUUAUUAUUCUGUACGUACGAUGUGCGAGAUAAAUCAUCAUCAUCAUGAUCAUCGUCGUCGUCGUCGUCGUCAUCAUUAUCGCCAUCAUUAUCAUUAUUAUCAUCGUCGUCACCAUCAUCUUGUUGACUCUAUACAUGCGGUCCCUUCUCUGUGUGUAUGAGUGAGUGUAUGUAUGUAAGUGUACGAUACAAAUAAGCGAAUAAGAACGGAGAAAAAGAAGAGAGAGUCGUCAGGGUACACAUGCGUUGUUUUACCUUCCCCAACAGCGGCGAAUAGUAGAAAGCUUAAAAGAAAAAAUGAGAGAGUGAUAUAUAUAUAUAUAUAUAUAUAUAUAUAUAUAUAUUUCAUGUUGUACGGAUUAAAGAGAGACAUAAGCAUAACACGUACCUAAGCUCUUACUCGUGCGCGAACGCACCACCACCCACAACUGCUAUUUUCAUUUAGUAGCAUCGAAAGGACGACUACAAUUACUAUUACAUGUACACACGCGCUUGCACACAUAUAUACACAUUUACAUAAAAACAUACAGAAACGUCGGUCCGAUCUACGGGUAUUUCUCGAGUCGCAUUUUUACAUCUAAUAAGUGUACGGAGACCUUCCAACAACGUCAAUGCUCGACAAUUAGAAGGGGUGCUUUAAACGCUCUUCCAUGUUAGAAAAAAAAAAGUAAAUAAAUAAAUAAAAGAGAAAGAAAGAAAGAAAAAGAAAAAAAAGCAAAAGACGCGAAACGGUAAGCAAGCGAACGUUGGUUCUUUUUUUUUUUUUUAAUGGUGAGUCCCAUGGACCCGUUCAAACAUGGCCUAUCGGAUAUGUUCUGUGCGUUCGCGAUAAUGUGUUGUUUAUGUUACAACGAGAUUCUCGUGACGGUCGGUAAACUUUAAGGAGAAACUAUAAAAGAGAGAGAGAGAGAGAGAGAGAGAGAGAGAGAGAGA